AUGAGCAGCAAGCGGCCGUCUGAAGGCAGCCCAGAAGGCACGCCAGGCAAGCUCACAAAGUCCGAGAAUGGCGACUUUUCACGCUCAGUCCGGAAGAAGUUGACGACGACGUCGCGAACCGGUCAAGCCUGCGACCGAUGCAAGGUCAGAAAGAUACGAUGUGACGCUCGCCCAGGUGGAUGCUCACCAUGCAUCGCCAACAACCUCGAAUGCAAGACGACGGACCGUAUCACGGGACGCGCCACCUCUCGAGGCCAUACCGAACACAUUGAGGGAGAGAACAUGGCCUUGAAGCAGCACAUCAACGACUUGCGCCAGCAGUUGAUAGACGCCGGUCAAGACCCUCGUCCUGCUCCCAUCAUGCCCUUGGGUUUCAACGGCAGUGGAGGCCAGCCUGCCUAUGCCUGGCCGCACCAGAUGUUUGAUCUGUCGUCCAUCCUCGGCGCCGACACCCAUCUCGACCCGUCCAAAGCAAGAGCUCGUACUGCCGCCCUGCCCGACUAUCGCAACAACUCUCUCGGUGACAACUACCUUGGCAUCUCUGGCGCAAACGAAUGGCUGUCGCCCAUCAAGGGCACAUCGGUUGCUCUGUUUGGCAUGGAGCUGGAUCUCGUCGACUUUGUCACCAACGACAACGAUGAAGCCUUCUCGCCCACGUCGUACGAAAACUUCCUCAGCAUCGCCUUCAAGUCGUCGCAAGACCGUCCACCUCCGCCAUCGUUCCCCUCAUACCGCGAGUGCAAGGCCUUGUGCGAGUGGUACUUUGUCUCGGUCAACUGCCAUGCGCCAAUCGUCCACAAGCCCGACGUCCUGGAAAUGGUCGACCGCCUCAACUCGGACGAGGUCUAUCAGCCAGAUAUCAGUGAGACUGUUCAGCUGCACAUGAUCAUCGCCAUGAUGUUGUUCCAGUCAUCUGUUAGAAACAGCCGUCCCACCCAAUGGGCCGAUCACUACCGUUAUGCUGCCAGCUUCCUCCCUGAUCUGAUGGCCAAGCGCACCCUGCCCAACAUCCAGGCCAUCGCUCUGAUCUGCCUGCAUCUUCGCAACUUUACUAAGCCUGGAGCUGCAUGGUUCAUGUCGACUCUGACACUCAACCUCUGCGCCGAGAUGGGUCUGCACAGAUCUGUCAGUGCUUGGGGAAAGACCAACCCUGAAGUCAGCGAGCACGAGAUUGAGAUGCGCAAGCGUGUCUUCUGGAGUGUUCUCGUCAUCCAUACGUCCAUCAGCAACAAGCUUGGUCGUCCACUGGCCAUGCGUCUCGAAGACUUUGAUGUCGAGUUCCCCAAGGCUCUCGACGACAACACGGGUACUGAAGCCUCUUGCAUCGACGAAUGGCACAAGUGCUCGUACCGUGUCGCAUGCCACAACUUCAAGCAAGUCCUCCUUGUCAUCCAGGUCCAGACUUCCAUCUACUCGGUUCGCGCUCCUCCUCACUCGUAUGAGCUUACCAUUCAAAAGCUCGAGCGUGAUUUGGACUACUUCCUGAAGAGCAUCCCUAUUGAACUUUCCGGUGGUCCCGAGACUGCUCAAGAUGACCGAGCUUGUUCGCUGUACCUGCAAUUUGGUGCUCAAGAGCUGAACCUUCUCGUCCACCAUCCUGCAGUAUGUCGCACUCAAAACACCGAUGUCAACAACAAGAACUUGGAUGUCUGUUUAGAUGCCAGUGCCAAAUUGCUCCACAUUGCCCAGAGCAUGCGCGCCUUGAAAGCCCUGGACACGACCUGGCUGAACGCUACUGUCUGGCUUUCUGCCAUGUUCGUCACUCUCUUCGCAUACAACCAGCGCAAGGACCACAUCACCUCGGUCGACCUCAAUGCUCUCAAGGAUACCAUGGAGCAAUGGUUGAGCAUCAUUGGUGAUAUCGGCCACUUGAUGGGCAGCGGUGCCAAGCUUCAGAAUGCCGUUCGCCACAUCGUUAACGCUUCCAUCGACAACAUUCAUCGCCAUCUUGCAGCAAAGACGGCAAGCGCUGCUGUUGCUUCUGCCAACAUCGCUCGCUCUUCGCCUGCUCUUAUCGACGGCCAACAUGAUGGUGUCAAUGGUUACAACGCACCCGCAGGUUACGCACCAGCGUAUGUUCCUGCUGAUCCCAACGGCGCUCCUCCUUCCGACACAGCUGCUGGCGCUUCAUACCUCGGCCCUGAUGAUGCUCUGCAAGCCCAACAGCCUUACCAGACUAAUGGCUUCGCCUACCCUGACCCAUCGGGUGGAUCGGCUCCUGCCUACCCUGCCUUUGUAGACAGCAGCGCAUACACAAAUGGUGACGACAUCAAGUCCGACUUGACCGCCCAACUCGCCGCCCACAACGCUGGUCAUGCCCUUCAUCAGAACCCUCAUGCACACAAUCAGAACGUACCCCAACAGAUGGCACCGCACGACCAGACAACACAAAACCUCUUCCAAGCCUUCACUUCUCCCUCACCCAACAACAGCUACACUUCCCCCACUACAACCGCCACCACCGCCGCUGCCCUCACACCUCAACAACAACCCCAACAGAUGAUGACCGGCCCCGUCGCCUGGCGUCACUUUACCCACGACAUGCUUGGCAUCAUGGGGACCGGCUACCCUGGCUUCGACGUUCAGAACGCGAAUGCUCUUCUUGCGCUUGGUCAAAAACCACCUGGUGUCGAUGCAGCUGGUGUCAUGCCUGUUGAUGCCAGUGGAGGACCGCUACCUCUGAUUGGAGAGGGACUGUGGCCUCUGACUACCUAUGGACCUGUUAGUAGCAGCGCUGGGUAUUGA